AAAAAGCUUCAUCAUUCAGAGAGCUGAGGAAGUUUGAUGGUGUGGUCGCCGAUAAUAUAGCUGCCUCAGAAUCUCAUGUUGAGGGCAAGGUUCAAAUGAAUACGGCUGCUGAAGUUCAAUCAAACAUGCAACUGAAUUCAACGCCUAAAAUGAAUGGGUCAAGAGUUAACCCUUCCAUAAACUGUUCAGAAGAUGCAACAAAUGGUUCAUCAAAACCUCUCAAAAGGAUGGCAGCCGAGAAUCCAUCAAACCCAGGCACUAAGAAUCUGUGUAAGACAGCUGCUGAGGUUCGUCCAUAUGUUCCAGCUCCCCUUGCCACCAAAAUGUAUUAUUCUCAAAGAAAUCAUCAUCUUAGAAGAGCCAUUUCUCACAUGUUCUUUGGGGAGCCGAGCAAGGAGGUUUCAAUUGUUGAAGUGCCACAAGCAAAUGCAGGCCCUACACAAACUUCAGCUCCAAGCAAUUUUUAUCAUGAACAAGGCACCAACGAGCAGGCACCAAGGGACGACAUUUAUUCGCUUGUGGCUCAAACACCUGAUCAAGUUCUUGCAGCAAAGUCUGUGGCCAAAUCAGGAGGAUCGGUUCCAUCCAUGAACACAGCUUAUCAGCUUUCCAUGAAUAAUGCUCUGGGCUCUCAUUACUCGUCCAACUCUUAUUCUUUUGCAGGCAAAGCAGGAAACUCUCUAGGUACUCUUCAACAGGGAAAAGGAAGCGUACCGGUUUUGUAG